AUGUUGAGCACCAAGCGUGUCGUGCUGCUGGCCCUCGUGGCGCUCGUGCUGGGCACCGCCCCGGCCGUGCAGGCCGCCGACGAGAAGGAGUGCGAAGUGUGCGUCAAGGUGAUCGACGACCUCAAGGUGACGUACGCGCAGAUGCUGGAGGAGUCGCCCAAGGCCAAGACGCAGGCGGUGGCCGAGAAGGCCGUGACCAAGCACUGCGGCAAGAAGCUCAGCACCAAGGACAACAAGCUGUGCUACAACCUGGAGCCUCUGAAGAAGGACGUGGCUCGCCAGGUGUCGUUCAAGAAGGACUCGAUGAAGAUCUGCAAGUCCCUCGAGAAGAAGAACCCGGACUUCUGCUCCAUGCGAUACCCCGUCAAGACGGACGCCAACACAGACUACUCCAAGAUGCGCGUGAAGCAGCUGCGGAAGAUCCUUGGCGAGCGCGGCGUGGAGUGCGUCGGCUGCGUCGAGAAGUCCGACUUCAUCGCCAAGAUCAAGGCCACCGAGUCGCUGCACUCGGAGUUGUAG